CUCCCAACAAUGGUCACCCAUGUGCUGUUCGAGUCGGCGUCUGGCUAUGCCAUAUUCCAGGCGAUGUUGUUCGAGAACAUCGCUGCCCAACACAAGGCCGUGCAGGAUUCGAUAAAAGACCUCUCCAAGUUCACAAAAAUGGUCUCGUUGGUCAGUUUUUCACCAUUCAAAAGCGCUGCUGAGGCUCUGGAGAACAUAAACGACGUUUCUGAAGGUCUGCUAAACGAGCACCUUCAAUCUCUGCUCGAACUCAACCUCUCAAAAUCCAGCAAAAAGUCUCCCGUCUUGCUCGCCGUAUCAGAACCCGCACUCGCAAACUCAAUAAAUGCGACACUCAAAAUCAAAUGCGAAGUCUCAGAACAGGGCCUCGAGCUCAUCCGCGGCAUCCGCCUUCACGCGCCCAAGCUCCUCAAAGGCCUCGAAUCCAACGACCUCACCAAAGCCCAGCUCGGCCUCGGCCACUCCUACUCCCGCGCCAAACUCAAGUUCAACGUGAACAGGUACGACAACAUGAUCAUCCAAGCCAUCGCCCUCCUCGACCAACUCGACAAGGACGUCAACCUGUUCUCGAUGCGCAUACGCGAGUGGUAUGGAUAUCAUUUCCCAGAGCUCGUCAGGCUCGUCCCCGAUAACUACACGUACACCCGCGUGGCGCAUUUUGUGGGCGAUAAGGAUACGCUGAAUGAGGAGAAGCUGGAGGAGCUGGCUGUUAUUUUGGAAGACGAUACGACGCUUGCGCAGAACAUCCUCGACGCGGCAAGAGGGUCGAUGGGCUCGUCCCUCUCCGAGAUCGACAUGCUCAACAUCUCCGCCUUCGCCGUCCGCGUCGUCUCCAUCUCCGACUACCGCAAAUCACUCAUAGCCUACCUGAGCGAGAAAAUGAACCUCGUCGCGCCAAGUCUCACCGCGCUCCUCGGCGAGCGCAUCGGGGCGCGCUUGAUCAGCCAUGCGGGCAGUCUGACGAAUCUGAGCAAGUACCCGGCGAGUACGGUGCAGAUUUUGGGUGCGGAGAAGGCGCUGUUUAGGGCUCUUAAGACGAAGGGUAAUACGCCCAAGUACGGUCUUCUCUACCACUCCUCCUUCAUUGGCCGCGCAGGACCCAAGCACAAGGGCCGCAUCUCCCGAUUCCUCGCCAACAAAUGCUCCAUCGCAUCGCGGAUAGAUUGUUAUUCAGAUAACCCAACUCCAAAAUUCGGCGAAGCCCUACGCGCCCAAGUCGAAGAACGUCUCGCCUUUUUCGAGACAGGCGCAGCACCCUCCAAAAAUGCAGACGCCAUCCGCAAGGUCCUCGACCAGCUCGCUCUCGAUGACGACGACGACGAAGGCGCCGACUCGGACGCAGAGAUGGCAGACGGCGACGCCGAGCCCAUCCUCACCCUUCUCGAGCCCAGUCCCAAGAAGGAGAAGAAGAAGAAGCGGAAGAGCGACGCUAUGGAUGUCGAUGGGGAUGACAGCGAGGGCGAGGGCGAGAAGGCUGCCAAGAAGCCCAAGCUGUCAAAAGAGGAGAAGAAGGCGCUGAAGAAGGCAGAGAAGAAGGCGGCGAAGGCGAAGGCGGCUGUUGAUGGCGAGGAGAUUCCUAAGAAGAAGAAGGAAAAGAAGGAGAAGAGGGAGAAGGAAAAGAAGAAGAGCACGGAAUAGCGAGAUGAUUUGCGCGUCUUUUCGUCUUUUCGGCACACACACCCCCCCCCCCUCUCAUCAUCUCUCAUCUAUCACGACUCGCCUCUGUUCCAAGUUAUAUUUGUUGCAUGUUAUGUGCUUUGGGUGUAGAGUACAUCGAAUUGAUACACUAUGUAUUACCUGCCCGCCCU